AUGACUUCAGAAGAGCAAGAAGUGGCUCAAAUUCAAAAUCAAGUUUCUUCUGGGGUAAAAGCUUUAGCUGGAUCAAGUGUAGCUUUAGCAAUGCUCAAUCCAAACCCUUCAGCACUAUGAACAAUGCUGAAUACUAUUCAAUUUAUUUCCUACAUACCUUAUGCAAGCUUACCUAUUACAGACAAAAUUUCUGCGUUUUUAAAGUCAAUGAGCGAUUUCAAUUUAGUUCCAAAUUUAUUUUUAUUAUUUAUAGAAGAAGAUAAAGGUAAUAUUCCUUAUUAUCAGGCGAGAAAAUAUGGAUACGAUAGCUCAUUGAUACUUGUAAAUGUUGGAAAUGAUAUAACUGUUUUAUGUAGUUUUAUAUUUGUGCUCCCUAUUGUUUAUUCCUUUUCUAAAUGCUCUCAUAGAUUCGUUGGAAAGAAAUUAAAAAACACACUCAGGGAGUAUAAAUUUGGAACUUUUUUACGGUUUUGGAUUGUAUGCUAUCUUGAAAUUGGUUUUGCAUCUAUAAUUGGAAUUUUGAGUACAGAAUAUAGUGAAGCAUUAGAAAAUCCACUUAGACUCACUAACUAUGCUCUUUGCUGAUUAUUCAUUGUAAUGAUAAUUUAG